AUGGACUUGGGGAACUACAGCACCAUCACGGAGUUUAUCCUCCUCGGGCUCUCUGCCAAUCCCCACGUCCAGGCUGCACUCUUUGUGCUCUUCCUGGGGAUUUACCUGCUGACCAUCAUGGGGAACCUGAUGCUGCUGCUGGUGAUCAGGAUUGAUUUUCACCUGCACACACCCAUGUACUUCUUCCUGAGUCACCUCUCUUUUGUCGAUAUCUGCUUCUCUUCGGUCACUGUGCCCAAGAUGCUGGAGAACCUUCUGUCUCAAAAGAAAACAAUAUCAGUAGAGGGCUGCCUUGCUCAAGUCUUCUUUGUGUUUGUUGCUGCAGGAACUGAAGCCUGUCUGCUUUCUGCAAUGGCCUAUGACCGCUAUGCUGCCAUCUGCCACCCUCUGCUGUAUGGACAGAUCAUGAGUAAACAGCUGUAUAUGCAGCUUGUGUGGGGCUCGUGGGGACUGGGCUUUCUGGAUGCACUCAUCAACAUCUUCCUAGCUGUGAAGAUGGUCUUCUGCAAGGCCCAAAUCAUCCCCCACUACAGCUGUGAAAUGCCCUCUCUCCUCUCACUGUCCUGUUCCGAUAUCUCCAGCAACCUCAUUGCCUUGCUCUGCUCCACUCUUCUACAUGGACUCGGAACCUUCCUUUUGGUCUUCUUAUCCUACACCCGUAUAAUCGCCACCAUCCUGAGCAUCAGCUCCACCUUAGGCAGAAGUAAGGCCUUUUCCACCUGCUCCUCCCACCUCAUCGCAGUGACCCUUUACUAUGGCUCAGGUUUGCUCCGCCAUCUAAUGCCAAAUUCAGGUGCGCCCCUUGAGCUGAUCUUUUCUGUGCAGUAUACUGUAGUCACUCCCAUGCUGAAUCCUCUCAUCUAUAGCCUGAAGAACAAGGAGGUGAAGGCAGCUCUGGCAAGAACUUUGGAAAAGUAUUUGCAACAUAUCAGGUGCUGA